AGUGGACGACGAGUCCCAUUCUUAUUGCCCUCCUUGCCUGAUAUCCCGCCCUCAGCUCUCUCCCUAGACUUUCCCACACCACGGAAGCCCUGGUCACUGAAACCCCUCUACUCCCUAAGCUUCACUUGAUCUAGGAUCAUAGCCUCUUCCUGAAGUCAAGAUGAGAUUCUUCAUCAGAAACGACGCGGCAGCUGCCAGCGACCACGUCGCCUCUUACAUCGUCGACCGUAUCAACCACUUUGCCCCUACGCCAGCUCACCCCUUUGUGCUCGGCCUCCCCACAGGGAGCACACCACUAGGCGUUUACAAGUCUCUUGUCGAGACAUACAAAGCUGGCGAGGUGUCCUUCGAAAAUGUUGUCACCUUCAACAUGGACGAGUACAUUGGCAUCCCCAGGGACCACCCUGAGAGCUACCACUCCUUCAUGUGGAAACACUUCUUUGCACACGUCAACAUCCACCCCACCAAUGUGCACAUCCUCGAUGGAAACGCCCCAAAUCUAGAGGCGGAGUGUGUCGAGUACGAGGCAAAAAUACAAGCCGCUGGUGGUAUCGACCUGUUCCUAGCUGGCAUGGGCGAGGAUGGACACAUCGCCUUCAAUGAGCCUGGUUCCAGCCUAGCCUCCCGCACUCGCGUUAAGACGCUCGCAUAUGGUACCAUCCUGGCCAACAGCCGCUUCUUUGGCAACGAUUUGGACAAGGUGCCGAAGAUGGCCUUGACGGUGGGCGUCCAAACAGUCCUAGAGGCUCGCGAGGUCGUCGUUCUCGCCCUCGGUGCCCGCAAGGCCCUUGCCCUGCAACGGUGUGUUGAGCAAGGGGUCAACCACAUGUGGACAUUGUCGGCUCUGCAUUUGCACCCUCACUCCAUGAUCGUCUGUGAUGAGGAUGCGACGCUCGAGCUACAGGUCAAGACUGUCAAGUACUUCAAGGACAUUGAACAAGUCGCUCGCACCCAAGGCUUCCAGCAGAUCCUCCCCUCCGAAGUCCGCACCGGGCCCGCGCCGGUACCAACAACCAUCGUAACGGACGAGUUCCCGGCGCCGACCAUCCACUCCCCACAGCCCACAACCUCACGUCUCCUCCGCGCCACUCCGGCAACAGAGUACCCGCUGCGCUCACGCUCAUCCUCUCCUGACUUCAGCGCGCGUCACCUGCUCGCCACGCCCGAAACUGAGUACACCCAGGAUACCGAGUACACUCUAGACUCGCGGUCUGGGACUCCCGACUUCAUGCCUGACAGCAUGGCGUCGCGCAUCGGAGACCCGUCGCUUCUGAGGCGAACCACACCCAACCCGGAGCAGCGCCAACCGCGCCAACGAUCCAAGUCGCCUGCCCUGGUUUCGGCAAGUAGGCUCAAUGGUAUCAAGGUUUGAUACCAUGUGAUCUCAGCCGGGAUAUAUAUUUUGGGUUAUCUAUUGAAGGAAGGGGAUGCAU